GGCCGGCCCCCCGCCCCAGCCCCGGAGGGAGCUCAUGGGAGUAUGAAGGAGAUGGUAGGAGGCUGCUGCGUAUGUUCGGACGAGAGGGGCUGGGCCGAGAACCCGCUGGUCUACUGCGAUGGGCACGCGUGCAGCGUGGCCGUCCACCAAGCUUGCUAUGGCAUCGUCCAGGUGCCAACGGGACCCUGGUUCUGCAGGAAAUGUGAAUCCCAGGAGAGAGCAGCCAGGGUGAGGUGUGAGCUGUGCCCACACAAGGACGGGGCGUUGAAGAGGACUGACAAUGGAGGCUGGGCCCACGUGGUGUGUGCCCUCUACAUCCCCGAAGUGCAGUUUGCCAACGUGCUCACCAUGGAGCCCAUCGUGCUACAGUACGUGCCUCAUGAUCGCUUCAACAAGACCUGCUACAUCUGCGAGGAGCAGGGCCGAGAGAGCAAGGCGGCCUCGGGAGCCUGCAUGACCUGUAACCGUCACGGGUGCCGGCAAGCUUUCCACGUCACCUGUGCCCAGAUGGCAGGCCUGCUGUGUGAGGAAGAAGUGUUGGAGGUGGACAACGUGAAGUACUGUGGCUACUGCAAGUACCACUUCAGCAAGAUGAAGACAUCCCGGCCCAGCAGUGGGGGAGGAGGCACGGGCAGUACAGGCGGAGGCAGCGGCAGCGGCAGUACAGGGGGAGGUGGCGGCUUCGUCACUGGCAGGAGGAGCCGGUCAGCCUCGCCGUCCACCCAGCAGGAGAAGCACCCCAGCCACCACGAGCGCGGCCAGAAGAAGAGUCGAAAAGACAAAGAACGCCUUAAACAGAAGCACAAGAAGCGGCCUGAGUCACCCCCCAGCAUCCUCACCCCACCUGUGGUCCCCACUGCUGACAAGGUCUCCUCAUCGGCUUCCUCCUCCCACCACGAGGCCAGCGCUCAGGAGACCUCGGAGGGCAGCAGGGACUCGAAGGGGAAAAAGUCUUCCAGCCACAGCCUGAGUCACAAGGGAAAGAAGCUGAGCGGUGGGAAAGGUGUGAGCAGUUUUACCUCCGCCUCCUCCUCUUCCUCCUCCUCCUCUUCCUCCUCCUCUGGGGGGCCCUUCCAGCCUGCAGUCUCGUCCCUGCAGAGCUCCCCUGAUUUUUCUGCAUUUCCCAAACUGGAGCAGCCGGAAGAGGACAAGUACUCCAAGCCCGCAGCCCCCACCCCUCCAGCCCCUCCCUCGCCCCCAGCCCCUGAGCCCCCCAAGGCUGACCUCUUUGAGCAGAAGGUGGUCUUCUCUGGCUUUGGGCCCAUUAUGCGCUUCUCCACCACCACCUCCAGCUCGGGUCGGACCCGGGCCCCCUCCCCUGGGGACUAUAAGUCUCCCCACGUCUUGGGGUCUGGGGCCUCAGCAGGCACCCACAAGCGAAUGCCUGCACUGAGCGCCACGCCCGCACCUGCUGAGGAGACCCCCGAGGCGGGCCUGAAGGAGAAGAAGCACAAAGCCAGCAAGAGGAGCCGACAUGGGCCAGGCCGUCCCAAGGGCAGCCGGAACAAGGAAGGCCCCAGUGGCCCGGCUACCCCCUCCCUGCCUGGGGCCCAGCUGGCUGGCUUUACGGCCACUGCUGCCUCGCCCUUCUCCGGAGGUUCCUUGGUCAGCUCCGGCCUGGGUGGUCUGUCCUCCCGCACCUUUGGCCCUUCUGGAAGCUUGCCCAGCCUAAGCCUGGAGUCCCCGCUGCUGGGGGCAGGCAUCUACACCAGUAAUAAGGACCCCAUCUCCCACGGCGGGGGCAUGCUGCGGGCCGCCUGCAGCACCCCGCUCUCCUCCAGCCUGCUGGGAGCCCCAGGGACCUCAGCCCUCCCCCGCCUCAGCCGCUCCCCAUUUACCAGCGCCCUCCCCUCCUCCUCUGCUUCUAUCUCCACCACUCAGGUGUUUUCUCUGGCUGGCUCUACCUUUAGCCUCCCCUCUACCCACAUCUUCGGAACCCCGAUGGGUGCCGUUAACCCCCUUCUCACCCAAGCCGAGAGCAGCCACACAGAGCCAGACCUGGAGGACUGCAGCUUCCGGUGUCGGGGGACCUCCCCCCAGGAGAGUCUGUCUUCCAUGUCCCCCAUCAGCAGCCUCCCCGCACUCUUCGACCAGACGGCGUCCGCACCCUGCGGGGGCGUGCAGCUAGACCCCGCGGCCCCGGGAACCACCAACAUGGAGCAGCUGCUGGAGAAGCAGGGAGACGGGGAAGCCGGCGUCAACAUCGUGGAGAUGCUGAAGGCGCUGCACGCGUUGCAGAAGGAAAACCAGCGGCUGCAGGAGCAGAUCCUGAGCCUGACGGCCAAGAAGGAGCGGCUGCAGAUUCUCAACGUGCAGCUCUCCGUGCCCUUCCCCGCCCUGCCUGCUGCGCUGCCUACGGCCAACGGCCCGGGCCCGGGGCCCUACGGCCUGCCUCCCCAAGCCGGCAGCAGCGACUCCUUGAGCACCAGCAAGAGCCCUCCUGGGAAGAGCAGCCUCGGCCUGGACCACUCGCUGUCCACUUCUUCUGAGGACCCCCACUCAGGCUGCCCGAGCCGCAGCAGCUCGUCGCUCUCCUUCCACAGCACGCCCCCACCGCUGCCCCUGCUCCAGCAGAGCCCCGCCGCCCUGCCUCUGGCCCCGCUCCCACCCCAGCCGCAGAACGGGUUGGGCCGGGCACCUGGGACAGCGGGGCUGGGGGCUGUGCCCAUGGCCGAGGGGCUGUUGGGGGGACUGGCGGGCAGUGGGGGCCUGCCCCUCAAUGGGCUCCUGGGGGGGUUGAAUGGGGCUGCCGCCCCCAACCCUGCAGGCUUGAGCCAGGCUGGCGGGGCCCCCACGCUGCAGCUGCCAGGUUGUCUCAACAGUCUCACGGAGCAGCAGAGACACCUCCUGCAGCAGCAAGAGCAGCAGCUGCAGCAGCUGCAGCAGCUCCUGGCCUCUCCGCAGCUGACCCCGGAACACCAGACUGUUGUAUACCAGAUGAUCCAGCAGAUCCAGCAGAAGCGGGAGCUGCAGCGGCUGCAGAUGGCCGGGGGCUCCCAGCUGCCCAUGGCCAGCCUGUUGGCAGGAAGCUCCACCCCACUGCUGUCGGCGGGCACCCCUGGCCUGCUGCCUGCCGGAGCCCUGGUGGCUCCCUCCCUUGGCAACAACACAAGUCUCCUGGCCGCCGCAGCUGCGGCUGCGGCAGUAGCAGCAGCAGGCGGCCCUCCAGUGCUCACGGCCCAGACCAACCCCUUCCUCAGCUUGUCGGGGGCCGACACCAGUGGCAGUGGCCCCAAAGGAGGGACCGCUGACAAAGGAGCCUCCGCCAACCAGGAGAAAGGCUAAAUCCACACUCAGACACAUACACACACACACACACACCCCUGGCCCCCAAAGUGGAGCGAGCAGAUCGUGGCCUGAGGGGUCCCAGCUGGGAGCAGGCGCCAGCACCCAGACACUGGAGAGCCCUGGCCCAGAGCUGUUCCUGGCCGGGGGCUGAGAGCGGAGCCCCUCCCCCCUGCCAUGUCCCCGCUGUGAGAGGCUCAGAGGGAGGUCAGGCUCCCAGCCUGCCUAGGCGCUCUCCUCCCAGGGAGCAGAGUGGGCCGUGGACUUGCCAUGUAAAAUGGGUCAGCACUUGAAUGGGCGGAGCGGGGACUAGCCCAGGGCCUGAGCUGGCCGGACUUGACCUGCAGCUUCCCCCAGUCCUGGGCAGAUGGCAGACAGGCUCCCUUGGACUGUUUCCGGGCCUCCCUCCUGCCGUGGGGGUCACAAGCUGAGCUUGUAAAAACCCACAGAUGGAGAGGGGCUGAGCAAGGGGCAGGAGGGGUGAUGGGGAGGCGUAGGUGCGGAAGGGCCCCGCCUUUCUUUGGUGCCCCGCCCAUUGUUUGCACUAUUGGCUUGAGGAGUGCGGAGGGUGGGGGGAGAUGGAGCUGCCUGACUCUCAGUGUGAGUGUGUGUGUGUGUGUGUGUGUGUGCAUGCGCGUGCGCAAGCAUGUCUGUCUCUCUCCCAUGGGCCUGUGGCGGCCAGCCAAGGGCAGGGACAGGAGCAAAGGUUCGAUGAAGCAGCAUGGGCAUGUAGGGUGGGGCACCUUCCCCGCCUCACCAACUUUGGUCCCUUUCUGGGGCAAGAAUGGUUAACGAAAACCAGAACAGUACUCCAGUAUUGGAGAGUAACUGGGGGCUGGGGGCUUCGAAUCAGGGUACUAGCCGGCCUUCCCUCCCCCAGACCCACUUGGUCUCAGGGCCCCCUCAGGGCCCCCCUGCCCCCCGCUGGUGUUUGGCCCUUCCCUGGCAUAAGGGGAGCCCCAGGGAUUGGGGGAGGGGUGGGGGGGUAAAGUGCCACUUCUUUUAGCAAAAGUGUCCCUCCCACAGCUAGCCAGCCUGCCUCCCGCCCUGUCAUGGCCCUCAUCUCCACUCACCAGGGAAGCCCCUUCAGCUGACCUGAUGGCUGUCCCCUCUCCUGCCAGCCAUUGCCCAGGAGCUGCAGUGGGCACUUCCCACCUGCAGACCACCCCUGCCAAGGGCUUUUGGGGGUGGAGGUUGGGGGCAGCCUGUGUCCCUGGGUCAGCUGCACUGGGCAACCCUCACUUCACGUCCAUCUCUUUGCAUGUGUGGGUUUUCUUGUGUGUGUUUCUGUUUGGGUUGUUUUGUUUUUCUUUGUGUUUUCUUUUUUUUUUUU